GGUUUCAGAUCAAAACUCUAGAAGCCUCCAUCACCACAUUUCCUGUUUGUAACUGAACAAAGUACACACGAAAGAUUUCAAGACACAGAAGAGAGAGAAAACUGAGGUACAGUUAAAGACAAGUUUUACUGGCACACUGCUUCUAAAGCAACAGAGCAACAUUGCUUAGGAAAUUAAAGGUUGUGGGAGCAUUUUUAACCCAUACAUUUGCCUUAUGGCUACAUAAGGAUUUCUCUGAGAAAAGAAGCAUGCCAGAAAACUCUGGAUGCCACUAUUAUGUCUGGGUAAUUCUAGCCUUUUUGGGAUUAGCUCUGCUUGUAUCACUGAUCUUCAAUAUUUCCCACUAUGUGGAAAAGCAGCGACAAGGUAAAAUGUACAAAUACACUGAAGACUACAUUCCCAGGGAGGAUGAGUAUUAUAUUGAAGACACACCAAUUUAUGGUAACUUAGAUGAUGUGGUUCCAGAACCAGUGGAUGAAAAUUGUUAUGAACAAAUGAAAGCCCGACCUGAGAGAUCUGCAAAUGAACUCCAAGAAGCUACCCCACCUACACAGGUGACCGAGGAAGCACAGAUAUUCUAUGCCUUCGUGGAUCACAGCUCCGAGGGGAAGCGCAGAAAGACCAAGAAACAGAACACUGAUCUGUCAGACAAGGACAAAGAAAACCCAUUAUGUGCACCUGUGGAUGCAAUUCUUUCUAAGACCACUCCAGUAGAGAGCUUCCCACCUGAAAGCCAGGAAGUAGAGGAAAGUGUUCAUGAUGAUCCCAUCAGACUGUUUGGAUUGAUUCGUGCUAAGAGAGAACCCAUAAACUUGCUGGACUAUGAUCUAGCUCAAUAAUCUGCCUCUUAAUGGAAACGUUAAAGAAAACAACAUGAUUUGUGAGGGUGACAAUCUAAAUCAUUUGCUAGUGGGAUGGUGGCUUACCUCUUUCUCCACAGCUUAUGUUCAUGCACACCAAAUAUAGUGCCAUGAAAUUAGUUAUUUGAAUUUGCUUAACAAAUGCCUAAGUAGUAAAAUGUAAAAUAAAAUCAAGUUCACCAACUGAGCCUAAAAACAAAUCCCAAUUUCACCAACAAUUGUCAGUGAAAUAAAAUGUUUAAAAAAUGUUGUAAGCAUAAGUUUUCUUAUGCUUAACAUUCUAGAACAUGUUGAAAGAAAAGUAAAAGUCAUUUUUCAGAAAGCAUUUUUACUUCCUUAUCAAUAUGGAACACCCCUUAAUUGAAAGAAAUUUCUGAUUGAAAGCCAUGGGACAUUAAAUAUAUUCCUAACAGAAGUAGAAGAAUCUUCUUAUGGAGUAUUUUCCCUCAAUAGAACUACCAUUGUUACUUUAAAAAAUUAUUGUAAUUUAAUGCAUAUCCUUUAAAACAAUAAAAAACUAUAAAAAAGAAUUUAGAUAUUUCACCAGCCAUAGAUAAUCACUGUGAGCAAACUUUCUAUAUCCCCUUCUAGAAAUUUUUCUGGGCAUGCCUAUGUACUUACAUCCAUUGUUUUGUUCUUUCUUUUAUACCAAAAAGGGAGAGUGAUUACUUUAUACAUAUUAUUUAAACAUUUUUCACUUAAUAUGUUGGGGAUUUAUUUUUCUUUUUUUAAAGCUAUAACUAAAUACAGUUACAUAUUAUAAGUUUAAUGCUGGCAUAGCAUCUCAUUGAUGACAUUAGAAUUUAUUUAAAUAAUUUGAAAGUACUUUCAGCUCAUUUCCAAGUUCUGUUUUUCACUUUUACACAUAAUUAUUGCAAUAAGAAUGCAUCUCCACCCGUGUUUAAGUAUUUAUCUGACUUCUUGAGGCUAAAUGCCUAGGAAAGGAAUUGCUGCUCUAAAAGGUGUGUAUAGUGAGUCUCCAUAGAACAAAUUUCUAAAAGGACAAGAGUCUGGUCAAAGUGUGUGUCCAAGUUGAAUUCCUAUACGGCCCCCCAAAAAGUUGUUUAAAAAACUUUCUGUUACCUUUCUCCAUUUGGAAUAGGAGUUUAAUUGGGUUUCAAAUAAUCACGGACCAAGAAAACUGAACAUGUAAGCUGUUAGUACUGCUCUCUGACCAGAGCUUCAUGGAUUUUAUUCAUUCUUUCUUCAAUUCUGUUGAGCUCCUACUGUUGUAUAGAUAGUAAGUUAGGCACUGAUGUACAAUGAAAGAAAGAGACCCUGUCUCUGUGGGACUUAUAGAUGAGUAGGAAAGAUGAGCAUCAGCUUAACAAAGUAUAGCUACUGGUAAAAAAACAAAUAAAUAUUAUUAAGAAAAGAGAAGAAUGAGAAAUAAUAAUCGAGAGAGGCAUCUCUGAGGAAAACAUUUUAAUUCUGAGAACUGAAAAAUGAGGAACCACCCACGGAAAGACAGAGGAAGGAAGAGCAUGUUGUAUAAGAAUUCUAUCCAUAUUCAGAAGUAACAGCUCUGUCAAUAACUAUUUUCUAUGAUGAACUGGUAAAACAUUAAAUGUCAAUGCCAAAGUAAAAUAUUUGAAGUUGUCCAUAAUGCCACUAAAAAUCCAAAAAAUAUUAAUGUCUAAGAAUAAAAGAAAAAGAAUCAGGUUUCUGACUUUAGAGAAUCAUAAACACAUAGGAAAUAAUAAUUAACAAUUGUAUAUUAACUUUAAAUUUAAUUUUUAAAUUAAAAUAAAAUCUUUGCUUUUGUAUAUGUUUAUGUAACAUUUCUAUACAUAUCAUGGUUCAGUAAGAAUAAAGUUUGAUUGUAUUUUGGCAGUUAGUUUUUCCCACAUCCCCUAAAGAUAUUUGAAUUUUUUGCCUCUGCUUUGUAUCAUUUGAAUUCCACUUAAUAUUUUGAGUUUUAUGCAUCAAAUAUACUUCAUGACUGAUAAUUUGGAAGGUUUUUAGCUACGCAUUCAAAUUCUUUAACAAAUAAAAGAUUACUCAAAAUUA